UAAUAACAGAUAUCAUACGACCAUUAGAAGUACUCCUAUCGAUGUACAAAAUAAUAAAGUAGACCUUGGUAAAGUUAAGCAAAACAUUGAAAAUUAUAAACGCAAAAUGAUAGACAAACGAAAUAUCAAUAGAGAAGAUUAUAAAGAAAUAAGAAGGGAAGGAUACAUUAAAAAUUAUAAAGCAGUAAGACAUAAGGAGCAACCAAAAUAUAAGAAAGAACUUUUAAAAAAUAUACAUACAUGUAACAUAAAACGACCAUACAAAUUUUCAGAUUCUAUCCGUAAUUAUAAUAGUAACGACAUGGAUACAGGCGACUAAUGGAAAAAUAUGGAUGACAGAACUAACUGACCAAACUGGAUUCAUAGAUUUAGAAAUUAGAUAUCAAGAAAUACCUAAAGACAGCGACAUAGUUAUACAUAUGAUAGAUCUUCAACAAAUAGAAAAUAUCAUAAAUGAUAUGACAGAUAAUGUAAUUUUAAUGAAAGUAGAAAAUAAAGAAAUACUACAAAGGGAGUUACUAGAAGUCAGGAAUAAGCUAAUGACACUCAUGCCAAACAAAAACAGAAAUAAAAGAGGUUUAAUUAACGCAAUAGGCACAAUGUCGAAAUGGCUCUUUGGUACAAUGGACGAAGACGAUAGACAAAACAUACAAACACACCUUUUACGAACUAAUGAAACAAUAAAUCAACAAAUUGAAGUAAAUGACUAUUUUAAUUCAGCUCUGGAGUAUCUUAAGAAAAUCAUUAAAAGUGAUAGAAAAAAAAUUGGAAAAGAACUUAAUUCUAUAAAUAAGUUAAUGUAUGAUGAUGAUAAACAAAAUCUAUACUUAGACCAAUACACAAAAAUCCAAUUAUUAAAAAGUAAAAUAGAUCAUAUACAAGACAAUAUAGUAUCAGCCAAAUAUGGGAUAUUACAUCCUACUAUAUUAACAAGUGAAGAAAUUUUAAAAUAUAAUAUUGAUUUUAAUAAACUUAAAUAUAUACAAUUGGGAACAGCAAAUUUAAAUAAUACUUAUUUAAUAUUCGGUAAUAAAAUACCUAAAAAUUUUGAACAUAUAAAAAUAAGAACAAUUAUUCCAAUCCCAAACAAAGACCAAAAUGAAAUACAGUAGAACUCCAAUUAUCCGAACUCCGACUAUCCGAAUCGCCGAUUAUCCGUAUCACAAAAAAUUGUCCAAAAAAAGUCUAAGUGCGCAAUUAUUCUUCCCCCGCGAAGCCAGUGAGAAACAAGAAUAUGGAGAGGAUGAUGAUGAUGAAGAUGCGUUGUCACUAGAGGAAAUAAGAAAAAUUCCUGGUUGUACAGAAGUAAGUGCUGAAGAUGUAGGAGAGUGGAUGGCUUGUGACACGUCUGACCCUGGUUUUCAAAUUCUCAAUGACGAUGAAAUUGUUGUAAGUGUGAGAGAAGAUGUUGAAGUGGAAGUGGAAGAAGAACUUUCUGCUGAUGUUAAAGUAGACGCUGGACCAUCAGCUAGUGAAGCAUUUGCCGGCCUCGAGACUGCUUUGAAGUGGAUGGAGCGUCAGCCCGAGUGUGACCACUUGCAACUGCUCACUGUCAAGCGAAUGCGUGACCUGGCUGCCCGAAAACGGUGACGACCACAAAACAGCUUACAUUGACGGAGAUGUUUAAAAAACAAUGAUUUUUAUUUCUAAGCUUGUACAUUUUAUUUAUAUUUAAAACAUGUGAAAAUUUCAUGUUUCUUUCAUUUAAUUCAAUAAAAAAAUAGUGCAAUAUCAAAACGUAGCUUUUAUUCUCUCCAUUGGCAAUUUAAAAAAAAAAAAACGAUUAUCCGAAUAUUUGAUUAUCCGAAUGGGUCCCGGUCCCCAUUAAUUCGGAUAAUUGGAGUUCUACUGUAGAAGCAAAAAUUGAAGAAAUAUUUACUUAUGAAAAUAAAACGUUUACAUUUGAAGAAAAUAAAUCAUUGAAAGGAUUAAAACCAAGUAACCAUUGUAUUUUAAGAAAAAAUAGUAAACUCAUAAAAAAUAAUGAACUUGAGAUAUUAGCAACAGAUAUAGAAACUAUAAUAGUUAAAAAUGCCAUAAAUUUACAAAUUAAUCAAACAUGUAACCAGGAACAACCAAUUAUAAAUGGAAACUAUUUAAUACAAUACAAUAAUUCCCAGGUAGGAAUUUCCAAGCGUCACGACCGGAUCAACCGUGGAUUAGUCGUGGUUAACCAGGCUUUAGUAGUCCGGGACUGAACCAGGCUUGGUAUCUUAGUCACACCGGGUAAAGUCCAGGCUUGGAUCCCUCCCUGGUAUCAAGCCUGGUUGCCAAGUUUGUACCAAGUCUGGAAGAAGUCUGGUUCAUUCAGCCUUGGCUUAUAGUU